AUGUCCCUCGGCGGCAGAAACGACUUUUCGUCGUCCUCCCGCCCCAUCUCCCCCGCCGUGCAGUUCGACUCCGAUCCGAACACCCCGUCUCAUCCUCUCCUGCCGGGGCAGUACCACAAGGGAUACUGGCAGCACGCCGGUAAGCAGAGCAAGGCGGACGAGUUGGGAAGCGAACCCCGCUCGCGCGACUACGCCGCACACGACCAGGAGCCCGCCCCGGCUUACCCUGGCACACACCGCCGGAACGAGACCGCCGACUACCAUCCCGCGAACAACAGGAGCAGCUGGGACCUCCUCGGUGGCAUCCGGCGGCUCGAGCACUCGUACGUGGAAUUUGAUCCCCGGCGCGCGAGCGAGGCGCACCUCGUCUUCGCGGAGGGCGACCUCCCCAAAAAUGCCGUGAGUCUUGGCGUCUUCAUUGCGUGCUACGUAGAUCCGCGCACUCACAUGCAGCCCCGUAAGUUUUCGCGAGUGUACAAUUAUCUCAUAAAUGUGUCGAUUGUGACGCGCUGGACGCUCUUUAUCGUUCCCUUCUUGGGGCUGCUCUGGAUCCCCGGCAUCCUCGGGCUCACGUCGUACAAGAAUUCGACGAUAUGGGGUGUCAAAUUGAUCUGGUGGAGCAUCUGGCUCACGGUCGUGUGGUGUGGCUGGUGGGGUGCAUUAGCUGCUACCAUGCUUCUGCCAUCCGUCGCUCGUAACACCAUUGGAGUGGUGGCGGUAGGUAUGCGGCGUUACAUCGAGUGGCUGGGACCACUUCGGAGAUACAUUGCUCUGUUUGUGUGGACUCUCGUCGUGUGGAUCUCGUUCCAGCCGCUCAUCAACACUCGAAGAGAGCCCAACAUCAGCUCUGGCAGCGGCACGGCGUUAUCCACCGCAGCAAGGAUUUUCUUCGCCUUGUUCGAAUGUGCGAUCAUUCUGCUCGGCGAGAAAGUGGCCAUCCAGUACAUUGCUGCAAAGUUCCACGAGCGCUCGUAUGCUGAGCGUGUUGCCGACCAGAAGUUCGCCGUGCGGAUACUCGUCAACUUGUAUCGCCAUUCCAGCGAUAUGCCCUGGCGUUCCGACACCCUUCGCGACGGUCAAGUCGACGCACAUGCACCGAAAAAGCCAAAGAAGCUUCUGAAGAAGGCGCUGCAGGGCGUGAAGUUUGCAGCGACUACUACUACGACGGCACUAGGCAACGUUGCCUCGGAGAUCGCUGGAAGCUCCGUCUUGCAGCCGAACUCGCCUCAGGCUGUGGUCAAGACUGCUUUAGAGUCUGCUAACAAGUCUCGCUUGGCGAGCGCUCACUCCCUGAUGGUGAACGAUAUCAUGCCAUUCUUUCCCACUCCAGAGGAUGCAGAUGCCGCAUUUGCACUAUUUGACAAGGACAUGAAUGGUGAUGCUACACGGGACGAGGUGGAAAUCGCAUGCAUGGAAUGUCACCGAGAGCAGCUGUCCAUUGAGCACUCUAUGCGUGACCUGGAUAGCGCAGUUGGACGUCUGGAUAACAUCCUGAUGACUAUUUACGUCUUUGCGGCUAUUCUUAUCCUCGCUGUUGCCCUCGAAGCCCAGCUGCUCACGUUGGUCACCAGUGCGGGGACAUUCGUCCUUGGACUCAGCUGGCUGAUCGGAACGAGUCUUGGAGAAGUGCUCACGAGCAUUAUCUUCCUCUUCGUGAAGCACCCAUACGACGUCGGAGAUAGGGUCUCAAUAGACAGUUUGGACUACACUGUAAAGGAGAUACGCCUACUGAGCACAAUCUUCAUCGAUUCGAGCAAUUGUUCGGUCCAAGCGCCACAUUCAUUAUUGAACACGAAGUUCAUUCAAAAUUACCGACGGAGCCCUGUGAUGUCUGAGGCCUUCAAAUUUGAUGUUGCAUUCUCCACGACGUUCGAGCAACUUGAACAGCUGCGAGAGCUCAUGAUUGCAUUCUUGAAGUCUGAAAGGCGCGACUUCCUACCCAACUUUGAUGUAACCAUCGUCGGCGAGUGUCCUAGACCAAGACAAUCCUACUUGGAUCUCAUUCUUCUCUGCACAGACAUUCCUGCACAAGAGAAGAUGACACUGCACUCGGACAUUAAAUACAAAAGCAAUUGGCAACAGAGUGCCCUAAAAUCGACGCGUCGCAACAAGUGGAUUAGCGCGCUGAAGUCGGCCAUGGACAAGGCCAAAAUCUUCGGUCCCAAAGGCAAUCCCAAUGCGAUCCCGAGUGCCGAGCGGGUCACACUUGUGCCCUGGGAGCAGGUGGAAGCGGAAGAUAAGAAGAAGCUCGCGAAAGCCGAGGUUGAAGAAGCGAGGCAUCAGCAUUCCGGCAGUUUGCAAGAGCUCAGAGCGCCUUCUGCCCAUUGGAACCUCACCGACAAGGAAGCCAUCAUACUGGAUGACACACAGGAUGUCUUUGGCGAUGCAAAUUCGGUCGCGUCAAUAUCUCCUACCCCCAGCAGACCGGGAUCGACGGAGCCUCGCCGUCGUCAGCGUACGGCGAUGCCCGCCGCCGUUAGCAUGCCGUCGCCUCUGAUACACCAAUCCGGAGAAGAGAUCGAGAUGACGCAGUCGUCGUCGCAGCGUCAUUCGCCCUCGAGCUAG